AUGUACCAAAUACAUAUAUCAAUUUGUCAAGACCCAAAAUCAAUCGAACUCCACAAAUUCGCCCCUGAGCAUAAUUACACCAAGACAAAAUCUACCAGCAGCAACAACAAAGCGGUACUCCAGUUUCCCCCUUUAGCGAGACCAAUCAAGAGAAUUGGUGAAGCAGAACGACGUUGUACGUCUCACCGACCAUUUCCAUAA